AUGUGGAUUGAAGCGAUUGAUUUCACGAAAUUUCACAUCUCCGGUGGAUGCAUCGUUAAUAGUCUUUGCAAACAACCAUUUCCAGAUACUGCUCUUGGACAAGUAGAUAUAAAUUUCAACGGCAACUCAUUGAGCGAGUUCGAAGGUGCCGUUGCUAAUGUAUUUAGUAAUUUAACAUCAAUUUUGUCAAAGAACGAUCAUCGUUUAAGUGCAACAUUAAUAAAAAAGAGCAGCAGUAUUUACACUGCAAUACUACCUUUUGAUAUUAAGUUACGAUUUAAUUUUAAAGAUGUUCCUGAAAAAACAAAUCCUGUGAGCUAUGUACUUUAUUCUAGUGACCUCGAUGCAUCAAAGUCAUCAAAUCCAGAAAAACGAUCUUCAACAGAAGAUCUGAAUGUUCAAGCAAAAAAAAAGAAAAUAGAAACUCCUAUGCUUGAACAAAGAGUCCCGAUGGCUUCUGAUGGAAAUACCACUCCACCAAAAUUUGUGAGCGCAGCUACAAUGCGUGUACCAAUUCCAGAAAUUACCGAUGAAGAGCUUUUAGCAUUUACGCUCGAAUUUGAACGUAAACAUGGUAUUUAA